AAACCUUCUUUUAUCAUUGUUUGAUGGCAUUUCUUAGAAGUAUAGAUUUAUCAAAAUCUGAGAAUUCUUGAUUCUCCAUACUAAAAUUAAACAUGAUAAGAGAUUGACUUUCAAGAUCUAAAAGCAUACAAAUUUAAUUGAAUAUAGCAGUGUAAAAAUAUGAGAGCUGGAAAAAACACUAAAUUGAAUGACGUGAAUGGAUAAAAUUCAAAGGGCACUAAAAGAGGCACACAAAAAUGAGAGGAAAUGUAGUCAUGCGGUAAUGUUAUGUAUUGAGGUAAAGUAUAGUCCAAUCUAAUCCAAAAAAAUUUCGGUCUCUUCAUGACAUGGUUAUAAAUACUAUGCGGUGGAGAAAGUGAAAUGUGAAGGGUAAAGUGGGGAAAGGGAAUAGGUUUGAAUGAUUCUCGAAGAGAAGUUGAAUGGAGGAAGGAGAAAGUUUCGGUUAUGAAAGGAGGCAUUGCAUUACUUUAAUCAAUUUUUAGGAAAUAGGAAUUAUAGACAAGCAAGCCAACUAUAAAAAAAUGCAAAUAUGUUCAUAUCUGUACACAUAUGUGCAUGCACAAUGUUAUGUUAUAUUAACGCGCACGUACUUCCUCAAAUAGAAUUAUACAAUCAUACAAUCCAAUAGAGGAGAUCGCCAUUUGGCGAUUGGCGUUUGCUUGCUGCUACACUUACUCUGAUCUGAUCUGAUCUGAUCUGAUCAAUUCAAUCUCUCUGCAUUUCCAAAUUCCAGCUCCAGGUAGAUUAUGGUCUAAUUCCAAUGUCCUGAUCGGCAUACAAUAGUGGUCUUUGCACUCGACAGUGAAGCUGUAAGAUGGUGAGAUAAGGUAACUGAGCAGCAAUUUGAGAUACUGGCACGUUGCCUUCAAUCUAGAUGAAGACAACUUGUCCAUGGCAGCUAAAUGUAAAAGAUUUUCGUAUCAUGUCUGGUUUAAGAAAGCGCCCGCAUCUGAAGAGGCCGUUGUGGAUUAUUAUAUUGGUAACUUUUGUGAUCAUAUUCUUGAUUACUGCCUAUGUUUCUCCUCUAUCAAGUUCGACAGCCUGCUAUUUCUUUUCAUCUGGAGAUUGUACUUUGUACCAGUCACCAUCAUUUCCAGCUAGGGAAUUGAGUGAUGAAGAGACAAUAUCUCAGGUUGUAAUUAAGGAAAUCCUCAACACACCUCCUAUCCAAUCAGCGGAUUCAAAAAUUGCUUUCCUGUUUUUGACUCCAGGAACACUACCUUUUGAGCUACUGUGGGAUAAGUUCCUUCGCGGCCAUGAGGGCAGAUUCUCUGUAUAUGUACAUGCUUCCAGAGAAAAACCAGGACACACAAGUCAAUAUUUUAUUGGUCGGGACAUUCACAGUGAAAACGUGGAUUGGGGGAAAAUUUCCAUGGUUGAUGCUGAGAGGAGACUGUUGGCACAUGCACUUUUAGACCCUGAUAACCUGCAGUUUGUGUUGCUGUCAGAUAGCUGCGUACCACUACACAAUUUCGACUACGUCUAUAACUAUCUGAUGCACACUAAUGUCAGCUUUAUUGACUGUUUUGUGGAUCUGGGUCCACAUGGAACUGGGAGGUAUUCAGAGCAUAUGAUGCCCGAAGUUGAAAAGGCUGCUUUCAGGAAAGGUUCACAGUGGUUCUCCAUGAAGCGGCAGCAUGCUAUAAUAGUUAUGGCUGACAGCCUUUAUUAUUCAAAAUUUCGGCUUUAUUGCAAGCCAAAUUUUGAAGGGCGCAAUUGCUAUGCAGACGAGCAUUACUUGCCAACCUUUUUUAAUAUGAUUGAUCCUGGUGGAAUCGCAAACCGGUCAGUGACAUAUGUGGACUGGUCUGAAGGGAAGUGGCAUCCCAGAUCAUUUAGGGCUGAAGAUAUUUCAUUUGAGUUCCUCAAGAACCUUUCGUCUAUUGAUGACGGCAUACAUAUCACAAGUGAUCCAAAGAGGAGAGUCUUUUAUGGGCCAUGCUUGUGGAAUAAUGUGAAGAGACCCUGUUAUUUAUUUGCAAGAAAGUUCUAUCCAGACACCUUAAACAGAUUGUUGAUCAAUUUCUCUAAUUAUACAGCGUUAUAAGCUACGGCUUUCCACUUUUGGCCUUGGCUUUUCUGGUAAUGUUAUUAUUCUUUCUCUGGGUUGCUGGGAUGAGAUGAAAUUUCAUUCAGCCAGAUACCCCCACUCCCACGCUUCCCAUUGUUAAUUAAUUAAGACAAAGUCCCCCAUAGUUUUCAAUAUUUCAAUGGUAAAUUUUGAUUUUAUUAUUUAUAUCUAUGCUUAAUUAUAUUAUCAUAUAUAAAUUACAUUAA